CACGAGGAGCGUCGAGCCAGAGCGCCGCGUCGCCUCCAUGUCAGGUCCACUCACCUGCAAGGUGCGCACCGAAGAUGAUGGCCAUGAACGGCAAGCAGCACUUCUCCAUGCACCCUGCGCUGCACCCGAGCUCCGAGGGCAUGCGGCGGGUGUGUCUACCUGCCCCGCAGCUCCAGGGCAAUAUAUUCAGCGGCUUUGAUGAGAGUCUGCUGGCCCGCGCUGAAGCUCUGGCGGCGGCUGACCUGGUGUCUCACAGUCACGGCAAGAGUCACCCUUUCAAGACGGACGUCACCUACCAUACCAUGAGCAGCGUGCCCUGCACCUCUUCUUCGUCCACAGUGCCCAUAUCCCACCCGUCAUCCAACCUGCCCUCGCACCACCAUCACCACCACCUCAGCCACCAGACCCUGGAGGGGGAUCUGCUCGACCACAUUUCCUCGAGUUUAUCGGUCAGCGGCAUGGGUGCGCCGCCGGAGAUGAGCACUCAAGCCCACCAGCACCACCUGCAAAUGGGUCACUUACACCAAGCCAUGGCCAUGGGCCACCCGCACGCCCUGUCGGUCCACAACGGGAUGGCGUGCGUCAACGACGUGGAAUCCGAUCCCAGAGAGCUGGAGGCGUUCGCGGAGAGGUUCAAGCAGCGGAGGAUAAAGCUCGGAGUGACCCAGGCUGAUGUGGGCUCUGCCCUGGCCAACCUCAAGAUACCGGGGGUCGGCUCGCUGAGCCAGAGCACCAUCUGCAGGUUCGAGUCCCUAACGCUUUCCCACAACAACAUGAUCGCCCUCAAACCCGUUCUCCAAGCCUGGCUGGAGGAGGCUGAAGCGGCUUACCGGGAGAAAAACGGGAAACCGGACCUUUUUAACGGGAACGAGAGGAAACGAAAGCGAACGUCCAUCGCGGCUCCGGAGAAGCGAUCGCUCGAGGCGUAUUUCGCCAUCCAACCGCGACCGUCGUCGGAGAAAAUCGCGGCAAUCGCGGAGAAGUUGGAUCUAAAGAAGAACGUGGUUCGGGUUUGGUUCUGCAAUCAACGGCAAAAACAGAAACGGAUGAAAUAUUCAGCCGUGCACUAAUGCUGUUAGAGCAAAGGAGACAUUUUAGGAACACCACAGGGAUCUAAAUUUCUUCUUUUAAGCAUUAUAAAUACGCCUAUAAAGACAUUUCAUAUUGCCUCAAAUUGAUGUAAACAGUGUGCGAAUUAAUCCAUGGGGUCUGUAGCCUACCAGAUAAACGCUAGACUCCCCCUCAGAAGUCAAAACACAAGGUUUCUGUGUCCUUUUCCUCAAAAGUUACAGUCAAUUUGGUUUGUGCGAGGUCCAGAAACCUCAACCCGAAUGUUAGUGAAAUGUUUCAAUCCACCGAAGGCCAUUGAAUAAUUCGCACACUUUGACCUUUUUAAACAAACUUGAAAUUAUAUUGAUUAAUCUGUGAUCACACAGUUUACAUUACAGAGUUCAUUUUACUUUGCAUUUAGAUAUACGAGCAAAAACAUGGAACACUUAAUGUGUAAUUAUUUUAUGAAGCCGAUUGUGAUUAGCUACACGUCGUUAUGGUUAUAAAGCAACAUGCACUGUGUAAUAUGGGCAUCGUAAUGUAUUUUUUAUUUUAGCAAAACAAAAUAAAUAUUAAUUUACCACUAGAUUAUAAAGCAAUACUGUUUAAGCUUUCAUUUGAAAUAAACAAACUCUGAAUACAUUUAUAGGAGACUAACUGAACGGCUAGGCUACUAAAAAACUUUGUUUCAGUAUUAUCACACGUGAAAUUAUAUUUUGAAGUGUGUACGUGUGUUUUUGGUAUUUAAAGACUUAUUUAUAUUACUAUACGAAUUGCGCACAAGUUACGAUAGUAGGCUAUCACAUGAAAUGUCCAUUGAAAUGUGUGUAUAGCGUUUGUAAUAUUCGUUUGAAUGUCUUGUCAGAUGUGACUGCAUCCAUGGUGGAAAUCACGUUCUCACAAAAUGUCACUAAAUAUAUAUUUUAUAUUUAUAUUUUCGAUCAUCAGUCGAAGUGAUCAUAUGCAAAAACUGAUGGUGUAAAGAAUGCUGCUAUUUGAUUUGCAUUAAUGUAGCCACUGCAAUCACUCUCACUUUAAACUCCACUUUACAAAAUGUGUGACUUUGAUUGUUAUUUAAUAAAUUGUUUGUUUGUUUUUUU